AUGGCCCCAACAAAUGCGCCUGCGGCGGAAAUAGCUCCUCUGCCAAAUGCAGAUGGAUCUGUCAUCUUUUCCUACGCUGGAUACAAGGUGGUGGCGGCUGCCAAUGGUCCUGUUGAAACUCUGAAGCGUGAGGAAUACGCAUUCGAAGCUCUGGUGAUGGAAGUGCCUGAGAAUGAGUAUGAGAACGGAAAGGCCAUGCGGUAUAACAUUAAUCUUCCCGCCAUCCCAGCAUUAUUACAUGCCGCCAUCUUAGCUCUACUCUCUGGAGCAGUCCCGCUAAAGGGGAUAGCAACUGCCGCCUUACUGAUCGUCCCUGGGGACUCCAACGACGGGAAAGUCAUCGUUGAUCCGACGGCGGUCCAGAUUGCCCAUGCAAGAUCUGUGCAUGUCCUGGGGUUCACGUCCGAAGGCGACCUCCUUCUCGCCGAGAGCGAGGGUCAAUUCUCCCUCGACGAAUGGGACGAGGUAGUCAGGGCCGCGCAGAAAGUCUGCCUCCAAUCACCAGACGAAAUGUCGGUUGACGAGGGAGAGUCCACACUAGCCUACGUCAAGUCCGUGGACAUGAAGCAGUUCAUUCGGACCGUCAUGGCCUCCAAGGUUGCCGCUGAUCUACACUGGAAGAUCUCCGUAUGA